GAAUAUACUGCCCUCUAUUUUGUAAGAAAAUGUCGGCCUCACGUUGUUUUCAUAAACAUUUAUCAAAUUUGUCUUUCUUUGAUGUCUGUCGGAAACUGAAUGCUCAAAAAUGCCAACAACUAAGGCAAUGCCACUAUGGAUCACUAGUUUCAACUUCUCUACCUGAUGUACAAUCUGAAAUUGACCGUUCUUCACACCACUCUCAAAGAGGUAAGGCAAUGAGGGCAUUGGAUUUGCGUCUACGUAGAAAGCAACCGUUACCGCCACCUCGAGAGUUGAAGAUGCAUGAGGAUCAGGAGUGGUCAGACGUGUACCCUACAGCAGCUUCUUUCAAGUGGUCCGCAGUGCCUCUUCCGAUAAGAAUGGGUUAUCCUGUAAAAAGAGGCAUACCACCACACAAAUAUGGCAAUGCUGAACUUCUCAAGAUUCCAAAUUUUCUACAUCUAACACCUCCAGCCAUCAAGAAACAAUGUGCAGCUUUAAAAGAAUUAUGUACACAAUGGCCAAAUGAGUUGAAAGAAGAUGCUGAACUGUGCCAGAAGAUGUUUCCAGUAGAAGUAGAAGUGUCGGAUUAUAUUCGCUCGGGUCCUUCGGUCCGUCAUCCAGAUGCAAGGAUUGUAUCCAUUAAGGUGAGCCUGGAUUCACUUCCUCUAGAUAAACAUGCUCGAUGGAAAUUGAUUCAGCUAGUUGGUGAGAGAUACAACAGAGAAACAAACACUAUUACAAUUACUACAGAUAG